ACGCGUACGUCUAUAUUUGUCACUAGAAGGGAGAAAAACACUCCACAAGCCUCAGCCACAAGUAACCAACGGCAAAGUGGCAACGGGCUCCUUUUGUGUAGCAGUGUUCGCAAUUGUGUAACAAAUUUGAAGUAUAGUUUCAAGUCGAUCUAAACGGUAGUCCCAUACUCCCAUUAUUAACUGGAAAGCCCUAAUUAAAUGGAAACUGAACCUCCACCUACAGCUACAACUCCACGAGCUUCCACGGCUCAGCGUCGGCGCGCAGCCAUGACUGCUCCUACUCCGAGGGCGCUAUCCCAGCACACCGCGCGGCGCGUGGGCGUGGCGAGCAGCCCCCAGGGCCGCCACUCCCGUUCCUCUCCUGCGCCGCCGCGCCACCAUCUCCACCCACAGCACAAGCAGCAGGGGCCCACGGCGCCGUCGGCGUCCGUGUUGGGCGUCGGCGUCCCGAGAGUCGCCUGGCUCUCGCAGCGCACCCCUGUCCUGGGCCUCCGCGCCUGGGUCCUCGUCGCCGCAGGCGCCGCGGCGGCCGCCCUCGCCCUCCUCUGCCUCAUCGUCUGCCUCUGCCGCCGCUGCAGCCGGCGUCGCCGCACACCUCGCCUCGCCCCGUGCCCGCACCGCCCCGGCGCCAUCAAGUCCCUCAAGCACCGCGUGCAUGCGCACCAUCAACAUGAAGCAGUGCCAAUGCCGCCGCCGGCCAACAAGGACGUCGAGGAGGCGGCCGCCGCUCGGUGGCGCCCCCGCCCCGCUUCGUUCGAACAGCCGCCGAUCGAGGCCAUCAGGGCGGAGCAGAAGGCGCCGCUGAUCCUCGCGGAGCAUUUCGCGAGGACGAGCGGCGAGGAGACGGCCACAAGCAGCGGUGGCAGCGAUGAUGCGGAGGUUCCAGAGGCGGCGGCACAGCGCGGGUGGGGCCGGCGGUACACGCGCCGCGAGAUGGAGGAGGCCACGGCCGGGCUCGCCCCCGCCAACGUGAUGGGGGAAGGCGGGUACGGCGUCGUGUUCAGGGGCGUGCUCCGCGACGGCACCGCCGUCGCCAUCAAAAACCUCCACAACAACAGGGGUCAGGCCGAGAGAGAUUUUAGGAUGGAGGUUCAGACGAUCGGGCGCGUCCGGCACAAGAACCUGGUCAGUUUGCUCGGCUACUGCAGCGAGGGAGCUUGCAGGAUGCUUGUUUACGAGUACAUGGAGAACAGCAAUCUGGAUAAGUGGCUGCACCAUGAUGACAGUGAAAUCAGCCCACUGACCUGGGACAUCAGGAUGCGCAUACUCCUUGGAACGGCUAAAGGGCUGGCGUAUCUCCACGAGGGUCUGGAGCCCAAGAUAGUGCACCGCGACAUCAAAUCCAGCAACAUUCUCCUGGACCGGCAGUGGAACGCCAAGGUGUCGGAUUUCGGGCUCGCCAAGCUUCUCUGCUCGGAGAGAUCCUACAUCACCACUCGUGUCGUGGGAACGUUCGGGUCAGUGUUGUUGGUUUCCUCUGCUUUCUCAGGGAAGGAAGGAAGUUUUGCUCGAUUUCAUUACCGGCUACCGCAUUUGCUGCAUUGCAGGUACGUGGCACCGGAGUACGCCAAGACCGGGAUGCUGAACGAGAGGAGCGACGUGUACAGCUUCGGAGUGCUGGUGAUGGAGGUCAUCACCGGCAGGACUCCAGUGGACUACACUAGACCCACCGACGAGGUGGACCUGGUGGAGUGGCUGAAGCGCAUGGUGGCCGAGCGGAGGGUGGAGGAGGUGCUGGACCCGAGGCUGCCGGAGCCGCCGCCGUCCAAGGCGCUGAAGCGGGCGGUGCUCGCCGCGCUCCGGUGCGUCGACCCGGACGGCAGCCAGAGACCCACCAUGCCGCAUGUGGUUCAUAUGCUGGAAGACGACCAGAUUCUCAGAGACGAGUUCAAGCUCGCGCGGGACCUGUCGCCUCGGGAGUCAGAUAGCUACGAAGAACGCGAACGCAGCAGGUGAUGGGAGACUACUGGGACACUGGGAUGGGAUGCUAAUAAUAGCAAAACGUUUUGGUACUAGUUGUAAUCUCUUGCACUGUAAAGAUUAUGUAUUCGUUCUGUGACAGCGAUGGUACGGUUAAUAACUGGUAUACGGUGUUCUUGACCACCAACAGCAGUGGCACCAGCUAA